CUUCAAUUCUCUAGCAUUCCCGAGUCCCAUUCAAGGAGACGACCAAUGUCUUACGGGUCUUGGUUGCAUCUUUGAUCUCUCCUUGGUGCUCGACUCAUACCGAAAUCCACCAGCUCAGCCAGCAGCGGAGAUAGUAGUGGACUGUCCCCACGUGGUCCUCAACCCUCGACCCUACCUGAACCUACCUGACCCUACCUGACCCAGUCCUGCCGCCAUCUGCUCAGGUCCAAACCUCAUCUCUUUUGUUGCUCCGUCCAAGUCGCCUGCGAUCCGAUCCCGGCGUCUCUUCUAUGAGCAAACACGACCUGCCUUCAAGCAGUAACAAGGAGGAGGGAGAGAUCACGGAACAAGCCCUCUACGAACUUGGUCUUCUCAAUCGACAUCCUCGCCCAGGUUCCAGAGUCACCAGACCACCAGAGACAGACAAAGUGGCGCACUGUAAGACAGUCUCCCUGCAAUACAUCUCGCCCUCCAGCUGCUCGAGAUUUCAGUCUUCGUUCUUUGUUCAAGUUGUCCAUCAAGAGACAUGAAAGAGAGAGAGCGCUGACACAAUGUUUGACCAUUCCUCAGACCAGCCCUCGCGUGCGAGGAACGGUAACUAUAACUCGCGCACCCUUUCUCACAGCGGUUCUGUCCAAACGCCAAACUUCAAACAAUCCAGCAUAUCAUCGGGGACUCUGGGACGGCCGCGCACCCCCACCGAUCCCAGACCUCGAACCAGAGACCGUCGUGGUCCCCCAUCCCCCUCUACCAGCAUCCCAGGAGCGGGACACCCUAUGGCCGGUAUGCUCGACUCGGAUCGUUCCCGUUCUCGUCGAGACCGCACCUUUGUCGGCGGAGAAUGCGCUGCCUGUGAAGAGCUGCUGGAGCAUACCCUUCGAGGUGAAAGAGUUCUACAGUUUUCGUGUGGACAUGUUGCCCACGAGGCCUGCUUCUAUGAAUACAUAAGAGAUUCCGACACACAAUACUGUCCGACCUGUGAGGCCCCGCUCGGGCUGGAUUCGUUUCGAGGAGGAAGCAUUCUUGAUCUGACCAAAUUGAGUAACCUGGUACGAGCGGUUGCACAGAAAGAAGUCACCUCUCCCCGAAGCACCGCCACCACGCCCAUGCCAUGGGACCGACAAACUCUACAGGACGACAGUGUGAGUGCUCGUGAGGGAGGCCAGCGACAUAGCAGAGACAACUCAAAUCGCAACAGUCGAGAUAGCCAACGACUCAGAAUUGAACGCCUAGGCGUUGGACUAACAAGCCCACCCGCCCAACAACCCCAAUCAAUCCUGCCGCCCCGAGAAGGGCGUGAAGGGUCACUGCAGAAUGGCUCGCAGCACGGUCCCCUUUCUCAUAUACGCACAGACAGCGGCAAUACGUCAAACGACUACACGAAUGAUCACGCCCACUCUCGCAAGCAUGAUUAUGACCUACACGCCAUGGAAACCACCGUCCCCAGUCCUCAUAUGAGACAAGUGACACAGCCUAUCCCUUUUCCCACUGUUACCGUCCGCAGCGAAUAUCCGACCUUGACCAGGUCCCAUCAGCAGCAAACGUUGACCUGCCUGGUCACGAUCGAAGUUCCCGAGAGCAAGUGGCAGCCACAAUUCGAUGAAGUCCAAACUACUCCUCCCGUCCCUGCGCUCCCUUCCGAUCCAGGCCGGGGCUCAUCUAAGACAAGACAAGAUAUCCCCCAGCCAACAGCGCCUGUUGAAUCACCCGAAGUUCUGGAAGAGAUCACCGAGGAGCUCAGAAAUCGAGUGGAUAACUGGCAUGGCCUCGAGUUUCAAAGAUUUGGCAACCUUCGCCUCCAUAGUGUUAUCCGUGUGGGCAAGGAUCGCCACUCAUGGCAAGAGCUGGAAUGCUAUCUUUUUGGCGAAAUGUUGAUUUGCGUCAAAGAAAAGAAGAACGGCCAAGGAUCUGUUAUCUCAGAGUCUAGUCGCAAGCUUUCGAGGUGUACCCUCAAGGGUUCCAUUUUGAUCAAGAAGCAUUUGCGUCAGGUUCAUGCGUCACCAGACGAGAAUAUUCUGACAUUAAAUCUCUCGGUUGCUGAACUGCCCACCUUCCAUCUGCAUUUCUCUGAUAGAAGUCAAAUGGAACAGUGGCAGCGGUCUCUUCGCAACCUCCACUCCUCGGAACCGGUGUCUCAAUUACCCACCGACUAUGAGCAAGACACUUCUGGGACAGAUGAUGAAGAGUUUGGUCGAAGACACCAGGGCGAGAGACGAAUACCAUCUGUCGCUUCAUCGUACGGUGCACCGAAGUCAGCCACAACCGCAGCCACCGAGUAUUCCUUGCACAGGCCACCCACAGACAAGCGAAUGCCAACUUCUUUGCAUGUUCCCGUGGAUCUGGUGGUUGUGAUCCCAGUCUCAUCAUCCAUGCAGGGUCUUAAGAUCACGCUACUCAAGGACACGUUGCGCUUUCUCGUCAACAGUCUAGGCGAUCGUGACCGUAUGGGUUUGGUCACAUUCGGCUCCAGCGGAGGUGGAGUUCCCGUGGUUGGCAUGAUGGGCAAGCAGUGGUCAGGCUGGAACAAGAUUCUCAACUCUAUCCGUCCCGUAGGCCAGAAGAGUCUACGAGCAGAUGUUGUCGAAGGCGCCAAUGUUGCUAUGGACCUUCUCAUGCAGCGCAAGGCAGAAAACCCCAUUGGCACCAUCCUUCUCAUCAGCGAUUCAUCAACCUCGGAAAGCGACAGUGUGGAUUUUGUCUCCCAAAGGGCGGAAGCAGCUAAGGUUGGAAUCUACUCCUUUGGCCUAGGCCUCUCCCACAAACCAGAGAGCAUGAUCGAAUUAUCGAGUCGCACCAAGGCGUCCUAUCUGUAUGUCAAGGAUUGGAUGAUGUUGCGCGAGUGCGCUGCUGGAGUCCUUGGAUCCCUGCAGUCGAUCUCGCAUCAGAACGUCAAGUUGAGACUCAAGCUGCCAGAAGGGUCUCCCGCCAAAUUUGUCAAGAUCAGCGGCGCCCUUCAAACGACCAAGAGAGCCACAGGAAGAGAUGCAGAAGCCGCUUUGGGUGAUCUGCAUUUCGGGGAUAAACGAGAUAUUCUCGUUCAGCUCGUCAUCGAUCCUGACAGCUCGUCGCAAGAACCUGCACCACAAGACCCUUGGGAGUCCAUCGUGUCCGGAUUGGAAGCACUGGGAGGUCCCUUGGACAACGAGGAUGCACGCGUGCAAAGCGUAGAAGAACUUCCUCUCUUGCAGGCCGAUCUCCACUUCGGUGACUUUUCGCGCGAUGGAUCUGUUGCACACCUCUCGCGUCCCUCAUUGCUUGCAAUAACAAUGCUACCUGCCAAUCCCAGGGCUCGGCAAAACGGCCGUGCAUCGACGCCUCCUAUCCCUCCCUACCCACAUAUUGUCCAACGAAGGAUGGAAUUACUAACUUCGGACAUGUUGAGUCGUGCCCUGACACUGGUGGCUCGCGGCCAACACGAUCGGGCUGCUCACCUUUUGAACGAGACCAGGACAAUCCUCAAAGGACUUGGAAAAGGCGGACUUCCUCCUCUUCCUCCCGGAGCGGCACAACCAGCGCAUAAACACAAUUCCCCGACAGUGAAAGCGAGAAGCCCCCGAGCGGCCACACCAGAUCAUGCACGCGACCAGAGCCCUCAUUCUGACACCAGUUCGAGCACACCGAUCCCCCGCAACGCUGGCGUCGAUCAGAGUGUCAUGAGCGCUCUCGACGCCGAUAUCGAGUCAAGCCUGGAGUGGAUCGGUCAUCCUGCCGUGUUCUCGCGAGACUCUCGUAAGGCUGUGCUUCAAGCGAUAGGCGUCAUAUCCUCUCAACGGGCUUACACCUUUCGAUCUGCUUCCGAGUCCAUAUGGGCUGAGCGAGUUGCUGGCGUCAAGCGACUUACGGAGCUCUCACGGGAAUGGCGAGAAACGGUCGACGAUGCACUGACCGAAGAGUAAUGAAACCCACGAUCUAUUCAAUUGGUUCUUGACCUUGUCCAUAGGUAGUACAUACAUGCAUAUGUACAUCCCUUUUGUAUAACUUUGAGUAUAACACGUGAUAUGACGAGCUUUUGUGACAAUUCAGCAAUAGUUCAUUGCGGUUUAGCGUUGCCAGGCAUAUAAGCCAACUCCUCAUAUUCUUUUAGGCUAUUAUUAUAUUUAGUUCAACCAGCAUAUUCAUU